AUGUGGACAAGUGCACAAAGAGUGUCAUAUAUGGUGGUGACUUGCCACUUUGUGGACUCCGAUUGGUUCCUUCAAAAGAGAGUGUUGAAUUUUCGUAAUGUACCUCCUCCACAUAGUGGUGUUGUUAUUGCUGAAGAACUACGAAAGUGUUUUGGUGAUUGGGGCAUUGAGGACAAGGUAUUUACAAUAACGAUUGAUAAUGCUAAAGCAAAUGAUACUGCAAUCAGAAUUCUUAAAGAUGAUUUUGAGUUAAGAGAAGUCUUGCCUAUUGGAGGUCGAUCAUUUCAUGUGCGAUGUUGUGCUCAUAUUACUAACUUGUUGGUGCAAGUAGGAAUUGCUGAAAUUGGAGACAUAGUUGAUUUAGUUAGAGAGGGUAUCAAGUACAUAGUGGCUUCUGAGGGUCGGUUGAGAAAAUUUAGUGAUAUUGCAAAAAGAAUGCAACUCCCUGGCAAGAAAUUGAUUUUAGAUGUCCCUACACGUUGGAAUAGCACUUACAUGAUGUUGGCGACAGCCGUACAAUUCAAAGAAGUAUUUCCUAGAUACCAUCAAAGUGAUCAAGCAUUUCAAUGGUUAAUAAGCCCUGAAGAAUGGGAGAAGGUUGAAAAUGUGAACCAAAUUUUGUCAAUUUUUAAUGAUGUGACCAACAUAGUAUCUGGCAGUGAAUACCCAACUUCAAAUCUGUUUCUACCUGAGGUUUGGAGGAUUAAAGAAGUAUUGUUGUUAAAGUGUAGGGAUAAUAAUGAGUACAUUAGGGUAAUGGUGAGUAAAAUGAGUAACAAGUUUGAGAAGUAUUGGGGUAAUUGCAAUUUAUUAAUGGCACUAGCAGCUAUGCUGGAUCCGAGAUACAAAAUGAAGUUGAUAAAAUUUUGUUUCCCUCUAAUUUACCCAGAGCCUGAAUCUUCUAUGAACAUUGAUAAUGUCCACUCUGUUCUUCAUGAGUUAUAUGAGGUAUAUGUAACAUCUCAUAAUUCAUCUGUUAUGCAACUGCAACAAAUUGCUCAAGAAAAUUCCCGUUCUACAAGUGGUUCUACUAGAGUUGCUGCAGUCAAAGCUCCUAUUGGUCGAUCAAGAUUUUUGCAACAUGUAAUAUGUAAUGAUGAUGUGCGACCUGCUAAAACAGAUUUGGAUGUAUAUCUUAAAGAGAACGUUUACAUAUGUGAAAAUGAUGUCAAUGGAUGCUGA